CACGAAGCAACCACCAUAACUAGCCUCUCUGCCAGCUAGCUAUUUGGCACACGUGGAAUCGCAACGACUAUCUAAUGCUCCAUUCCUGAGCACCAGGCACAAUGGCGGACUCUGCAGACGGCGCCCUCGCGGAGACAGUGGCUCUCUCCAACCCAACCUCAAAUAAUCAUGAUGGAGCUCGUGGAGCUUCAGCACAAGAAGGAGACAACAAGUUCCAAAAAGCGAUAUCUGCUUGGCGAAAUAUUGACCUCACUUCUAUGAUUUCAACUCUGGACAACACGGCCUCAGAAAUUGUUCAGUAUCAACGAGAUUCUACAGUGCAGCGGAAAGACCUGGCACAAAAGACAAAGGAUUUCAGGAAGCUUGAUGAUUCCGCCAAGCUAGGGGAGAUUAAAGGGUUGCUGAAAGCAUACCAAACCUUUAUUGACCUUAUCACGAAUCACUCGAAGUCCACAAAUUCCGCCUUCUUGCAAGUCUAUUCAUCCUUAUCCGAAGCGCCCGAUCCUUAUCCGUUGUUGGAGGCAUCCGUUGACUCCCUCCUACUCUCCGAAGAUACCCUUCCCAAGAUUACAUCGGAGAACGCACACCUCCAGAAAAAUGUCAGCAAACUUACCUCUCAGUUGGAAGAGACAGAGUCGAGAUUAGAGGCCGAGAGGCUGGCCCGAAGAACAAUAGAAGAAGGUCUAGAAACAAAAGUCAAGGAGGUCGAGAGUUCCUGGGCAGCGGUCUUAGAAGAGAAAAAGGACAAUUGGGAGGCCAAGGAGAAGUUGCUUGAAGAGAAAAUCGAGAAUCAGGAUCGACUUCUCAAUGAAAUCAAGGCGAGCUACGAAGUCACCCAACGACUCGGUCAGUCAGAAAACGAAGCAGGUGGUCGUGGUAAUGUCACUGGUGCGGAAUUGGAGAUGGUCAACUCAGAUCUUGAAAGAACAAGUGUAAGAUUAGCAGAGGUCGAAGCACGAAACGAACAACUUCGGAUUGAAUUGGCACAGUCGGCAUCACAACUACCAAGCCAACCGGCGAUGAGCUUGGAGGAUGAUCCUGGUUACAUGCGAAUGCGGUCUGAGAACUCAUCACUUCUAAGAAAGCUGGAUGCUGCUCGAGUGGAAAGGGAUUCUCGAAAGCGUGAAUUGGAUGGGAAAUUGCGGUCCCUGGAACGAGAGAUAGGAAUGCUCAAAGAGGAGCGUGAUGUGCUGAAAGCCAAGGUACAAAAGUGGAGCGACUAUGAAGAUGUGAAGCAAGAGCUUGAGGUCUUGAAGAGCAUUGAGUUUUCGACUGGGGACGACGAUGACCCAGCAUUGGCAGAUCCAGCCACGCCCUCUAACCAAGGUGUUUCGGAGAAUGGGUCAACUGCCAAGGGCAAGGGCGAUACGCUGGAGCAGCUGCUGUUGGCACGAAACAAGAAGCUAAGCGACGAAUUAACCAUCUUGCGAGUCUCUCACCAGGAUCUUCAGAGCCGUCUCCAGUCGAUGCAGGAGGACCUUUCGAAGGCCAAUUCAGAGCUUGAAAGAGCACAGCACUUAAACGCCACUCUGGAGAACGACCUUGCUAAUGUUCAUGACACUGCAAACGCGUAUCCUUCGGGUGCAUCCGUUGCUGGCACCUACGUAAGCCGAUACCCACAGUCCUCGGCAAAUAUGGGACGGAAAGGCAGGGUAUCACCAACCUCAUCUAUCAUUUCUGGCUUUGAUCCCAGAUCUUCUUCUUUGGGUACGACUUCUCUUGAAGCCUUGAGGUCUGGCGAACCCGUGGGGGGUGGCUCAGGCAUCUUACCAAUGAUCACUGCUCAGCGAGAUCGAUUCAAGAAGAGGAAUACUCAGCUUGAGAAUGAGCUUUCGGAAAGUCAUCGCACAGUAUCUUCGCUACGUCAAGAAAUCGCAUCUCUGCAGAAAGACAAUCUCAAUUUGUAUGAGAAGACAAGAUACGUUUCCACAUAUAACAGAGCUGGGCCCACAGCUUCUUCUGCAUCAGCAUAUUCGACAAACCCAAAUCCGUCGACAAUUCAAAUGUCCAAUUCCACCUCCUCCGGGCUGGCUCUAGAUCGGUAUCGCUCGGCAUAUGAGUCCAACAUAUCUCCUUUUGCGGCAUUUAGAGGGCGGGAGUCAGCUCGAGCAUACAAGCGUAUGAGCCUUCCCGAACGUAUAGUAUUCUCCAUAACCAGAAUGGUGCUGGCGACUAGAACGAGUCGAAAUUUAUUUGCGGGAUAUUGUGUUGCAUUGCAUUUCUUGGUUUUCUUCUCGCUGUAUUGGCUUGGGACUAUGGACGUGGAGGCACAUGGGAGUCAUUUGGGCCAAGCAGCCAUAGCUGCUGCUGCGGGUCCUCUUGCGAAUGCUGGAGCCGACUCGGCUCAUGGCGAUUGGCAUCAAGAGGGUUUCAAAGGAACGGAAUAGCAUUGAGACGGUGGGAUAUUGUACUAUGUGCCAUUAUAAUACAAGCUUUAGGGCCAGAUUUCCUGGUAUGUUUCCAGGUCCGCACGGACUGCUUCACCGAUGGGUCUCUCGUUCGUACCUUACAAGAUUCGUCAUGGGUUCGAGAAUAGAAGCGGGUAAGAAGUGUCCGGUGGCGGGGGAGAUUGUUUACAUGGGUUUGCAGUUCACUACGACCUGGCCUACCGACCUCCAACUAUUUUUGAUCUCUAAAGCGCCUUCAAGUACAUUGAUACUUAUUUUCGAUCCUACUGUUCGCAUGUGGUUGACGGUUCAAUCCGAGAAAGAUUUUCACAUUACACAAAGUGAGGGAGGUCCUUGGGAUGUCGGGAUCAAAUGAAGGAAAUUCCAUAUGAAUAUCCGGCACUGAGAGCAAUUCCGAACCGCACAGUGAAUGAAGCC